CGCGAUAGAAGAGCGUGGUCCAGGCAAUAUAAAGAAGGUGUUUGAAUUUGACGAAGAGAUUUUUGGCGCCACAUCAACGAUCCAAGUUGGGGCUAUUUAGGCAUCUUCAAAAAAGUGUAAUUUGCGGAUAAUGGAUCCAGAAACGAGCCGGUCUCACCCACUGUCUUCCACCUGGCCCUGGGGCGUCUGUGAGAGCCGCUGACCGCUGGACCUCCUCUCCCUCAUGCAUCAGUCCUGCUGGAUGCCCCUGGCACAGCUCAGCCUCCUUGCUCUCUGGUCCACCACCACAUGCUGGGUCCAGGGAUGUGGACCAGGCCCCGGCUAUGGCAUCCGACCCAGACCAAGGAAGCUCACAGCAAUGCACUACAAGCAAUUUUUCCCCAACUUUUCAGAAAACAACCUUGGUGCCAGUGGCAGAGCUGAAGGCAAGAUCACUCGCAACUCUGAGCGCUUCAAUGAGCUGGUGUGCAACUACAAUCCAGAUAUUGUCUUCAAAGAUGAAGAGAACACCAAUGCUGACCGCUUCAUGACCAAGCGCUGCAAGGACUGUCUGAAUAGGCUGGCCAUUGCAGUAAUGAACCAGUGGCCUGGAGUCCACCUGCGUGUGACCGAGGCAUGGGAUGAGGACGGGCACCACCCCCCAGGCUCUCUGCAUUAUGAAGGCAGAGCCGUGGACAUAACGACAGAUGACAGAGAAACUGACAAAUAUGGGCUUCUAGCACAGCUGGCUGUGGAGGCGGGCUUUGAUUGGGUCCACUAUGAGUCCAAGUAUCACAUCCACUGCUCUGUGAAAGCUGAUCACUCUGUGGCAGUGGAGAAGGGUGGAUGUUUUCCAGGCUGGGCCCGAGUAACUGUUGCUGGAGGGGAGCAGAGGCCCCUGUCCUCUGUGCUCCCAGGGGACAGAGUAUUGGCCCUGUCUGCAACAGGUGAGGUCAUCUUCAGCCCUAUCAUCCUGUUCUUGCACCAGGAUGCAGUAAGCUGGGGCAACUUCAUAUCUCUGGAGACAGAGGAUGGACAAAGACUGGCCCUUACCCCACAUCACCUGCUCUUCACUGCCCCUCACAGAGGAGUGCCCUGUACUAAAUACCAGGUGCAGUUCUCUAGUAGAGCUAAAGUAGGUGACUAUGUUCUUAUUCAUAAAAUGGGGGGUCAAGUAGCUCCAUCGAGAAUCAUCACUGUCUCAGUGGAGAAGAGUAUGGGAGUAUAUGCACCGCUAACAGAAGAAGGCACUCUGUUUGUUAAUGGCAUCCUAGCUUCAAGCUAUGCUUUAGUGGAAGACCACACACUUGCACACUGGGCUUUUGGGCCUAUGAGAACCUUCUUCACUUUUAACCAGCUGCUAUGGGGACAGGCAUCUAUAACUUACAAUAUUACUGACAACAAAACUGUGAACACUAAAGUACUGCAGGGUAAAACAUUUAUCUGCAAACAAACACCUCAGAGCGAUCCACUUGGACUGAAAAUUAGAUGGAAGUGCCCCAUGUUCAGAAAGGUUUCCUCUGUUCACUGGUAUGCACAGCUGCUGUAUAAUUUUGGAUUUAUGAUUUUAGAUUCAAGCUUAUUUCACCCUUAAAAAAAGACUGAGCAUUGCACUGUUGAGCUUUACACUAACAGCCUCUUCAUUCAGUAAACAAAAUGCACUGUAUUACCCUUUGUUCCCUUGUUUAAUUUAUCACAUUGAUAGAUAUGCAUUGUGUGAGUCUGUGAACUGUGCUAGAGAGAAAAUAUAUUAUCAACAAAUCCUGUUUUUUAAACACCACUUUUUAGUUUGUUAUUUGGAAUAUGUAUCUUUAUGACCAACAGAAUUUUAUAUUUUU